AUUCGCGCAGAGCAAAGCGUUGUCGUUCAUUCAAGCAGCGUGGCGGCAGAGUCAGUCCACCCACAGACUUCCGUAAAGUUGAAAUUUGUCGUCUCUCUCAUCGUAAGCGCGUAAUCAGGAAAUAUGAACAGGCUUUUGCGUCCAGCUUGCCGGCAGGCUAUGGCCGUCGUCUAUUCCCAAGCCCAUCUGCGUAUGGGAAUGCGUGCAUUGGCGACAAGUUCCCAGCUAUUUAAUGCGAAAGACAUAAAAUUUGGUGGGGAUGUGCGCGCCCUUAUGCUUCAAGGAGUCGAUGUUCUGGCCGAUGCUGUAGCAGUUACAAUGGGCCCUAAAGGACGCAACGUUAUUCUUGAGCAGUCUUGGGGAGGACCUAAAAUCACAAAGGACGGCGUCACUGUCGCCAAAGGAAUCGAGCUUAAGGAUAAGUUCCAAAACAUCGGUGCUAAGCUUGUCCAGGAUGUCGCUAACAACACGAAUGAGGCGGCUGGCGAUGGUACAACCACGGCGACAGUACUUGCGCGGGCCAUCGCUCGAGAGGGCUUCAACCAGAUCUCGAAGGGUGCCAACCCUAUUGAGAUUCGUCGCGGUGUAAUGCAAGCCGUUGAUGUAUGCAUUGAUGAGCUAAAGAAACUUAGCAAGCAGGUAACAACUCCCGAGGAGAUUGCUCAAGUUGCUACGAUUUCGGCAAAUGGCGACAAUCAGAUUGGCACUCUGAUAUCUGACGCUAUGAAAAGGGUCGGCCGAGAUGGAGUAAUCACCGUCAAGGAUGGCAAAACAUUGACCGACGAACUGGAGGUAAUCGAAGGCAUGAAGUUCGAUCGAGGAUAUAUCUCGCCAUACUUCAUCAAUACACCAAAGGGUGCUAAAGUACAAUUUGAAGAUGCUUUGGUGCUGUUUUCUGAGAAGAAGAUUUCAAACGGCCAACAGCUGAUUCCGGCCCUCGAGAUGGCGAAUCAGGCUCGUCGACCUCUGCUCAUUGUGGCUGAGGACGUCGAUGGAGAGGCUCUGUCGAUGCUUGUCUUAAACAGGCUUAAGGUCGGGCUGCAGGUCGUUGCUGUGAAGGCCCCCGGUUUCGGUGAUAACCGUAAGAACACCCUGCAUGACAUGGCUAUCGCUUCAGGUGGUAUAGUCUUCGGCGACGAGGCUAACCUCGUCAAAAUGGAGGAUAUCCAGAUGAGCGACUUUGGCCAAAUUGGAGAAGUGACCGUUACAAAGGACGAUACGCUCUGCCUUAAGGGCAAGGGCCAAAAGGCUGACAUUGACCGCCGUAUCAACCAGAUCAAAGACGAGAUUGAAAUGUCAACAUCGGAGUAUGAGAAGGAAAAGCUCUCAGAGCGUUUGGCCCGUCUCUCAAGUGGUGUUGCCCUGCUCAAAGUUGGCGGUAGUUCAGAGGUCGAGGUGAAUGAGAAGAAGGACCGCGUAAACGACGCUCUGUGCGCCACCCGUGCUGCUGUCGAAGAGGGGAUCGUGCCCGGCGGUGGAACGGCCCUGCUUCGUUGUCUCCCAGCUCUCGAGGCACUAAAGUGCGACACUCCCGAUCAGCAGAUGGGUGUAGAGAUCGUCAAGAAGGCAUUACGAACGCCUGCUACCCAAAUCGCUGCUAAUGGCGGACUAGAAUCGUCAGUGAUUGUCAACAAGAUCAUCGAGUCGAAGGAGCGCGAUUUUGGUUACGAUGCGGCCAACGAUAAGUUCGUCGACAUGAUCAAAGCUGGUAUCAUUGAUCCGACUAAAGUCGUACGAACGGCGCUGACCGACGCGUCAGGGGUCGCUUCACUGCUAACGACGGCCGAAGCGGUGAUCGUCGAGCUUCCUAAAGAGGACAAGGAGAUGGGUGGUGGCAUGGGCGGUAUGGGCGGAAUGGGUGGCAUGGGUGGUAUGGGUGGAAUGAUGUAAGAAUAAUGGGUACACCUCCAUUACUGGCUAGUAUUGCAUAUGCAUCCGAGAGAGGGACAUCGCAUUUCUUGUAAUAUUUUCCUUGAUUUUUCUCAUCAUCUAUCGUUUUACUUUACGUAAGCAGGGCAUAGCAUAAUUCUUGAGCCAGUAACAACGAACCUGCUUUUUAAAACCGUUUGUGGGCAGUAACAUCUCCUGCACAAAAUGUGGUAAAAUUCUAUUCGAUUUAGCGUAGAAAUCAACUUCUAUUUAGCAUAGAAAUCAACGCAACCCGGUUUAUAUAUAUACAAGACGCUUAUAUUUUAUGAGCACUUCAUAGGCGUAUAAGUUUAUUCAGCGGCUGUUAGUAUUGCCACUAAUAAUGUUGUCAUUAGCAAAUCAUGAGUGCGUGUUAUAUGAUAUGAUGGCUAUUCAAGUUUAACAUAAAAAGGUAAAAAGAGCGAGAGAACUAAUUUCGAGAAAAGUCCAGCAAAACAACGCGGAAGACUCCGGCUGCGAACGACUAUUGUAAGAACAAAAAAGCUAUCGGAAACAACAGCUGCUUUGGGUGAUACGGGAAAUAAAACACCGAAGAGAUGCGUGUGGCACGAAGUCGUCAAUCGGUCGGUCGGCCAUCUGAACAUGUUGAAAUUAUUGAAUUAGUUUUUAUAUAGGUGAACAUACCAUUACAUAGUACGUAUAUAUAUAGACGGCCGAUUUCCGCUAAUGUACAAAUGCUGAACCAUACUGGUGUUAAUAAAACUCCUUUAUACAUACUUUU